CGGGCAACUGCGUUUGCUCUAGAACUUUGUAGAUUCUAGCCCGUCUACGCGAAAUAGACCGGCUAUGUAGGAUGAAAACCAAAGUCGGCGGCCGAACCUCUAUCUCUAUCAGUCGGCGGCGUUCGUUUGCAGAAGACGCAGUUUGUUUUGAACUGAGGAAGCCGGUUGCCGGGUGUCCUUGCAAAAGUGUGUUUUUCUGCCGUGAGAAAUGGCGCAAAUCUGUUAUUGAAUUGUUUUUUCUGUGUCGUUAGGAAACAGAGUGAUGUUUUCGGUGAUUAAAAUCGAGCAUAUCACUUUCGAUUGCUCCUGAGUUUUUUUUGGUCGGUAAAAGCUGAAUAAAGACUGUGUUGGGACCGCGUCUGGGCUUCGUUUCGUACUCGAGGUGUCAGUUAAAAGUCGUCAAAAUUCCGCUCUAUCGGGACCAUUCGUUACAUCUCUACAAGCUCGUCCAUCGAGCUAAUCGAAAGAGAAAAACAAUGCAGGCCAUUGUGUAUAAUGAAGAAUUCUUCAUCGAGAAUUAUUCGCACGCUGACGAUGACGACGAGCUGUACCUGAACUACGAUUGGUCCUCGGAUGCGAUGUCGGUCAAAAGUGUUACCAGCAAUUCCAGCCAAAACAACGACAUGGAUGGCAGCGGAGAACGUCUUUCGUUGGCGUAUGAAAAAUUGUCACAAAUUCCAAGGAAAAUUGCGGAAAAAUUCUCCCGAACGACCACCAUACUGGAUCUAAGCUAUAAUAAUAUCAAAGAUCUCUCCUUCCUCUCUUACUUCCGCCAGCUGAACACGCUGAUCCUGGACAAGAACCCCCAGCCGGACGAGAAAACCUUCCCCUCGCUCCCGAAUCUGGAACUACUCUGGCUAAAUCACUGUGAUAUCGAAAACGUCCAGAAGUGGGUCUACCGAAUCCGAGACUGCUGUCCAUCGCUCCGGUACCUAUCGCUGCUGGGUAAUCCGGGCGCCACGUCCUCCUUCAAUGGAAACUCGACGCUCGAGCACAACGACUACCGGAUGAUGGUGAUCAGCGUACUGCCGCAGCUACGCCACCUGGACGACGCGGAAGUGACCAGUUCGCAGCGGAUUCAGGCUCGGCAGUUCCGACACAACCACUACAACAUCGGACAGACACCGUUCAAUAUUUUCGAAACCGUCGGACGGGGAGAACAGAUGGGUAAGAAGGCGGCUCAGCGAAGACCACGGAGGACCCGGGCCAAUGUGUCGGAUGAUUCGUGAAGUUAAUGAUGAUAAUGUAUUUUGUUAACGAAUAUUGACCAAAGUUUAGUGUUUACGAACGGUUGAAGCUGAAACUGAAACUCAACAGAUUGAAUUAUGCAGAUCUGCGUACAAUACAUACGACUCCUGAUGGGGGAACAUUUAUUCUUACAAGAUUCCCUGAGGAAUAUGUUGCGAUAUCCAAAAGUUCUAAAUAUAUUAUUUUAUAUGAGUAAA